AUGACCGGCAUAUCGGAAGUGGCGUUGCAGGUGUUUAUUGAUCGUUUAUGGACUGGUUCAUAUUUUCGUUUCUGUGAAAGAUCUCGUAGUCGAGAAUCUAUCAUGGCUGAUCAACUUUGUGGUGUAUGGUUCUUACAGUCGGUAUCACCUCAACUUGCUGCCGAGGUGCUUCCGGAGAACAUGGUUCGUCAAGCGCUGAAAACCAUUUAUGAUUAUAAUGUCUGUCGAUUUGCUAAUGGAAAGAUGGGUGCAGUGAAUGGAAUGCGACCGGAUGGGAAGGUGGAUAGGGAGUAUAUACAGAGCCUCUCAAUAUGCUGUUUAAAGGCAGAUGAAGUCUGGACCGGAGUGACAUACGCUGUGGCUGCUUUCUUGUUACAGCAAGGCGAAACUGCAAAAGCAUUCCAUACUGCUUCUGGUUGCUACAAUGCGUGCUUUGAAAGAAUGGGAUUACAGUAUCAAACCCCGGAGGCAUUGUAUGAGACGAAGUUUGUCGUAUUUUAUUCUGUUUUGGUUUUUUUUUAUAUCUCUAUUGUUUUUAUGAUCGCAUUUCUUUCAAAUGAGAUGGAUAUCUUUAUCCGCCAG